UUGUCAUCCACACCGUCCCAUACCGACAGACCGACCGACCGAGGACGGCAAGAAACCUCGGAGAAAGCUUUCUUGCAAGCCGCGGCGACGAAUCAUGGGUGUUCUUGGUGCCCUUGCCAGGCAUUUGGAUUCCCUUGUUGGGCCAGGAAUCAUGCUGCUUUAUCCGCUAUAUGCGUCGAUGCGCGCAAUCGAGAGCCCUUCUUCCCUGGAUGAUCAGCAAUGGCUUACCUAUUGGGUGCUGUACUCCCUGAUCACCCUCUUUGAGCUCUCAUGCUGGAAGGCUCUGCAGUGGCUCCCUCUGUGGCCAUACAUGAAGCUCCUCUUCUGCUGCUGGCUGGUGCUGCCGAUCUUCAACGGCGCGGCCUACAUCUACGAGACGCAUGUCCGGCGCUACUUCAAGAUCGGCCAGUACGUGAGCCCCGGCUACAGCGAGAGGCAGAGGAAGGUGCUGCAGAUGAUGAGCCUCGACGCGCGCAAGUCCGUCGAGCGCUUCAUCGAGACGCACGGGCCCGGCGCUCUGGAGAAGAUCAUCCAAGCCGCUGAACAGGAAGCCAAGAGAGCCUAGGUUUAUGUAGCUCGUGGUGAGGUGAAAGGCAUUCUUUCAACCGGGAGAAGAGAAACGAGUGGAAAUGGAAAUGGCUGCCGUGUGUUGUGAUCAAUAUGCUUCAGCGGCUGUUAUCCUUGUGCCGUGUGCGUGUGUUUGAUCUGUUGGUUGGGCUUGGCAAGAUACCUUGCUGUACAUAAGAGAUGAUGAAUGAAACAUUCAAGGCUGCACAUGUGAAA